AUAGAGAGGAGGCGGGCUGAAGUAAGAAAAUUAUAAGGUCACUGGAAUUACCAGUGCUACAAGCCGUCGUUACAAUGAAAGCGAGAACAGAUAACAAUGAAAAAAUGAAAUAAACGGGUGCAAAGUCUGCGAGGAGAAGCCGCGGCUCUGAGGCCGUGUGUCGUUCAGCGCGUGCAUCAGCGCAGGUGAGGUUUAAGCCGAUCAAGGUGGGAUCCACAGAACCCCUUCUGCCAGAACACACACCUUAUUGUGACCACGGAGACCUAAAUCGAGGAUGUUGCGGUUGGCGUGCUCCACGGCUCUUCUCUUCGCUCUCCGGCUGUUCACAGGCCUGCCCUGGUUACAGGUCCUGCCAAUUAUUGUGAUCAUCUUCCUGGGUUCUGGAGGAUGGAAGUCUUUCCAUGUGUUUUCAAAGACCAUAUACCGCGAUUUGCAUGCAGCCAGUGUGUUGCUGAGGGUGAAACUCAAUGUCAAAAAGCACCUCCGUGAGCGCAACACCGUUCCCAAACUCUUUGCCAAGUCCGUCAAGAAAUACGGUGACAAGACGGCUCUGAUUUUCGAGGGAACGGGUGAAAAAUGGAGCUUCAAGGAGCUUGACGAGUACUCCAACCGCGUGGCUAACCUUCUGCUCCAGAGGGGCUUCAAGGAGGGCGACGUGAUCGCUCUGUUCAUGGAGAACCGCUCUCAGUACGUGGGGCUCUGGCUGGGCAUGGCAAAGAUCGGAGUGGAGGCAGCUCUCAUCAACUUCAACCUGAGACUGGAGGCUCUGGUGCACUGUGUCAACAUCUCCAACGCCAAAGCCGUGGUGUUCGGCAGUGAGCUGACUGAUGCGAUGUGUGAGGUGCACAGCUCCAUGGGAAAGACUGUGAAGCUCUUCUGCUCUGGAGAAUGGGAGCCUAAGCGGGUUCCUGACGGCACAGAGCAUCUCGAGCCGCUGCUGGAGGCCACCGCUACAAACCAGCCCAGACAACCAGAUUGCAGCUUCACAGAUCGCCUUUUUUACAUUUACACAUCGGGAACCACUGGGAUGCCAAAAGCUGCUAUUGUUGUACACAGUCGGUAUUACCGCAUGGCUGCCUUGGUGUACUAUGGUUUCAGAAUGAAGUCUGAGGAUGUGCUUUAUGACUGUUUACCACUUUACCACUCAGCAGGUAACAUCGUGGGAGUCGGACAGUGUCUGCUCCAUGGAAUGACUGUGGUGAUCAGGAAGAAGUUCAGCGCUUCCAAGUUCUGGGAUGACUGCAUCAAAUACGACUGCACAAUCGUGCAGUACAUUGGCGAGAUCUGCCGCUAUCUGCUGAAUCAGCCGAAGAGGGACACGGAGCGCCAACACAAGGUCCGCAUGGCCCUGGGUAACGGCCUGCGUCAGUCCAUCUGGGAGGAGUUCACCAGCCGCUUCCACGUCCCACAGAUCGCAGAGUUCUACGGCGCCACCGAGUGCAACUGCAGCCUGGGCAACUUCGACAACAAGACGGGCGCCUGUGGAUUCAACAGCCGGAUCCUGCCCUAUGUUUACCCCAUCCGCUUAGUCAAAGUGGACGAGGAGACCAUGGAGCUCAUCAGAGGACCGGAUGGAGUCUGUAUCCCAUGUGGUCCAGGAGAACCUGGUCAGCUGGUUGGCCGAAUCAUUCAGAAUGACCCUCUCAGACGAUUUGAUGGUUAUGUCAAUCAGUCGGCCACGAAUAAAAAGGUUGCCAAUGAUGUCUUCAAAAAGGGAGAUAGUGCCUAUCUCUCAGGAGAUGUGCUGGAGAUGGACGAGUACGGCUACAUGUACUUCAAAGACCGCACAGGAGACACGUUCCGCUGGAAAGGAGAGAACGUCUCCACCACUGAGGUGGAGGGAACGCUGAGCCGCCUGCUGGACAUGAAAGAUGUGGUGGUGUAUGGAGUGGAGGUGCCAGGUGCUGAAGGCAAGGCAGGGAUGGCAGCUAUAGCAGACCCGGAGCACAGCACAGACCUGGUGAAGUUUAGCCGGGACCUGGAGAAGGCCCUGCCACCCUACGCCCGGCCCGUGUUCCUGCGCUUCCUACCAGAAGUGAACAAAACAGCGACUUUUAAAUUCCAGAAGACAGAAAUGCGACGGGAGGGAUUCGACCCCAACGUCGUCUCUGACAAACUCUACUUCCUGGACUGCACUAAGGGACAGUAUGUGGAGCUGAAUGUGGAGCUCCAUCGCAGCAUCGUCUCAGGAAAGCUGAAAUUAUGAGACUACUGCCAACCUCCACCCGUUCCCUCAUCUUUACCCCACCUUCAGCAGCCCCCAAACCCCGCCCCCUCAUCACUCCGCCCCUCGUUACCUCAGCAGACACAGUUAGGGGCCGCAGGGACCCAUUCUGCCCGUACAUUCAAGCCCCCAUUGAUUCAUUCUCCCAUCCGAGACGGGACUGAGGUGGCGUUCAGCCAGCCGUCUUCAAAACAAAAAAAAGCAAGGAAUGCAAAAAAAAAUUAAGCAAUUUAGCAAACAGUUAUAUAAAACACAUACAGCAAGGAAAGGCACAAGGACCAAACACACUGCUGUCAAGUGGUAAAGCUUUCUCUUUGCCUCAGCUGCACAAUGCUCGCCCGGCUACAAGAUUCAGGACUGACGCUUUCAUUAUGACGGAUUGGACAAGUCCUGACCAAAACCAUGUGGAUCGACAUGCAAUACAAACCCAGUACUGGCUGUGCGCUUGCCAGCUGCCAAGACUUGAUCAAUGCUGUUCAUUUAAAUGUGUAACAUGCACCAAAUAUAUGUAUAUAAGUUAUAGAAUAGCUCCUCCUCUAUUUACAAGUCAUGAAUCUACAUGCUGCGUUGAAGACGUCCCUGAUAGCACUGCUUCUGUGUGCGUUUGACCUCUCCAGACUGUAGUAUGCAGCGUUAGCAUGGAAGCAGAUUUAACGAUCAGCCCGGUGUGACAUUGUGCAGCCUGGGCUUCAUGGGUUUGCUUCGUUUUGCUAGACGUUUUGCCUCUCUACAGGACACUAUAGUGGACUUUGCAAGUAGUGUAACACUCUGGUGCUAAAGAGCGAACAUCCUAUCUAUCUGCAAAGCAGUGCCAGACCUAAAAACCAUCUUUUCUCCUUGACAGGAAGAGGACAGAAGUGGAGGAGAAGAAAGGGGAAAGCGAUAUAGGCUAUUUGUCAUCAGAGAUCUAGUUUUUCUUUCAGCAGCAUGAAUGAUUGACGCAGCAGAGCACUGUGCCUUACUGUCGGGUCAGCAGAUCGUGUUAUUGCCCUCGUCCUGCAUCAUUACACUAACUGACUCUAGACGUCUCUUGGACAGCUAGCUUAUUUUCUAGACCUUGCUUGUGCUCCCAUGAAUCUUCCCAUCAUGCAAAGUGUGUCCAGCACUACGUCUAUGGGCAUCCUGUCCGUUCCAUGUGUAUUUUGCUCGAUCUCCUUUUGCGAACCUUCCUGUUCUCACUCGUCCACUGAAAGCUGGUUAUUUAUUUAUAUAUCGUAGGAAGUAUUUAAGUGUGUGUGCACGUGUGACCGGAUGAUUUUGUUUGAUAGCACUUGAAUUUCACCAAGUCACUGUUUUGGCCACUAUAUAUUAAUGUACAGCACAGAUGUGGGAAAACAGAGAACAGUUUUGACCUUAUUUGGGUAAAUCUUAUCAGUAACAUGUUUGUGUCAGCCAUCACCACAACAUCAAUAUAUAUAUAUAUAUCAUCAAUACUAUUUCUCAAUGUUUUGCCAUUUAUUUUUUUUCUCUAUACGUUAAUGACGAAAAUCUAAUUCAUGUUACCAUAAUGACAAUAAAACUGCGUUCUCUUUACCGUAACUACCAAAAAAAAUCUUAUUCUCAAUUACUGUAAUGAAAAAAAAUCUAAUUUCCAUGAUCGUAAUAAGGAAAAAUCUCAUUCUCAGUACCAUAAUGAAAAAAAAUAAAUAAAUUUUUAUUACGUCAUAAUAAAAUCCUCAUCCUCGAACAUCUCAAUUUCAUUACCGUAAUGGCAAUAUAUCAAAUUACCAUAAUCACAAUCUAUUCUCAUUACUAAUGGCAAUAAAGUAUUUUUUAUUACCAUAAUGGCAAAAAAAUCAAGAUCACAUUACUGUAAUGAUAAUAAAAUCGCAUUCACAUUACAAUAAUGACAAUAAAAUAUUGUUCUCAUUACUAUAAAAGCAACAAAAUAAGAUCCUCAUUCUCAUUACCGUCACAACAACAAAAAAAUCAAUACUUUUUUUAAUACUUUUAGCAUAAAUUAAAUUCACUACAACAGUAAAAAGUAAUAUUUUGUUCACAUGUGGGAUAAAGUUUGAUUUUCUCAAAUAGCUGAAGUGUGAUUUAGACUUCAAAUCCAAGGGUGCGGUAGUGAUGUCAUUAGUUAAUCAGCCAAUCAGAUGCAGUUGUCCCCAUCAAUACCUUUUCUGGUUUUUAUUAUGUUGUUGCCCUUUCCUGUAUAACUUGGAAUUUUUUUUUAUUUUAUUUUUUAUUUUUUUGUAAAUGAUUGCUGUUUAAUGAUUUGUUUGAUGGUUGAGCUUUAUUUCUCUGUUAACCUUAUUUGCUUUUUGUUUAUGUUCUGGGUGUGUGAAAGAGAGGGAAUCUCUGAAACCUCGACAGACGUUUCUUUCUCUCGUGAUAGUGUGUGUUCGAGUUUGUCCUAUGAUAGCAAGAAUCCUCACAGGAAGCUUUCGCCGAGGCCUCUCUUGAUUAUUUCCCCCAGUUAAGGGCAUAGUCUAACCCAAAAUGAAAACUCUCAUCAUUUACUCACCCUCACGUCUUUCCAAACCUGUAUGCUGUCAACUGUCAGACUCUAAAAAGGACAAAAAAAAGCCCAAGUCCUCUGAAGCCAUAUGAUGUUUUUAUGUGAGAAAAGAGCAGCAUGUAUUGUCUGUCUUCCUCCACUGCAGCUUUCAGAUGUGCUUCUCCAUUCUCUACUCUUAUUUAAAAAGCAGCGGCACAUUGUCAGCACACCUGGUGCAAUAAUAUGCCAUUUUCCUAAGGGUUUCUAAAGGCGAGGAAGAUUGUCUGUCAAUUUUAACUGAAAAGAAAAAUUAUAAUAAAUUAAAAUUGAAUUUCAAUCUACUUUUAUGGUGAUUUUUUUUUUUGUCCUUUUUGAUAUUUGCAGGAAGAUUCUGUGUGUUCCAGAAAAGAAAUAAAAUCACGCAGGUUUGGAACGACAGAAAAGUAAUUAACGAUGACAAGGUUUUCAUUUUUGGCUACACGGUCCUUUUAACGUCUCUUACAAAGACACACACAAACGUCCUUCAGUUUCAGUUGAUAGAGAUUUCUGCAUUGUGAUUAAUGUCUAUCUUCAUAUACUGUAAAGGCAUUAGUAAUGUGAAAUGCAAAACCAGUGCUGUGAAUAAUUUAAAACUUCCUGAGUUUCCACUGUACUAUAAAAGCAGUCCGUUUUUCUGUGUUUCAGGCCAAACUUCAGUGUUUCAAAGGGUCGGUGUGUGUGUGGUUCUUCUGUUGUGUUCCCCCUCUCUGGAGAUGAUGCUACACUCCUCUUGCAGUUAAAUGUGAAAUGUUGUUCUCGUGUCUGUCCACUAGAUCGUGCUCAUUCAGGACGUAAACACAUUCGCUCCUCAUGCUCAGAAUGGCUGAAUUGCCAUCCAGAAUUGUGUUCAUGUUGAUCACUCUUUUAUGAGGGACAUCUACCGUUUUACUUACGGUGGAUUUGUUAUUAUUUGCACUGUCUAUAGCUUUACGGCUACAAAAUACCAUUUUCAAGUAACCUAAGUUAUAUUGUUUUUUUAUCUUGUUUUAUAGAGCACCAAAGUUAGUCAGGGAGGAAAACGGAUGUUUAUAAUUUGUAGCGAUCUGUCACUCUUCUCAAAAGACUGAUCAUAAAUGCACUUGUGUUUUGUCUAUUUCUGUUCAGUACUCAGGAACAACAUUCAGAGGCAGAUGAGAGAAGGGAAACUGUGUGUGUGUGUGUGUGUGUGUGUGUGUGUGUGUGUGUGUGUGAUGUAGAGGUGUGGGAGGUGUGCUGCGUCACACUGAAGUCCUCUCGUCUGAAAGACUAGCUGUAAAUCAUGCUCUUUCGAAACAAUGGCAUCCAAGAAUCAAUAUUAAUAAAAAAAAUCGAUAUC